ACCACGUCCUUUCUCAAACUUUUUGAUUCUCUUGAGAGACACCACUUGUCACUGUAACUCUUACUAGUUAGACCGUACUCUACUUUUGACACCUUAUAGCCAGAGUCCGCGGGAGGGUCCUUGAGAAGCAGCUAUCCUAUUGAUAUCGCAAACCCCGCCUUUGCCCCUCCUGAUCAUCAGCCGAAUGCACCAUCAAUCAUGGGGAAACCGCGGAUGAUCAUUUUGAUUCGCCACGCCCAGUCGGAAGGGAACAAAAAUCGUGAAAUCCACCAGACCAUUCCCGACCAUCGGGUGAAGCUCACUGCUGAAGGGCAUCGACAAGCCCAAGAGGCCGGUUCCAAACUGCGCGCCCUCCUGCGACCCGAUGAUACGAUUCAUUUCUUCACCUCACCCUAUCGUAGAACCAGAGAGACGACGGAAGGAAUCCUUCAGUCUCUAACUUCGGAUUCCCCAUCUCCGUCGCCCUUCCCCAGACACACCAUCAAGGUAUACGAAGAACCUCGACUGCGGGAGCAGGACUUCGGUAACUUCCAGCCAUGUUCUGCGGAAAUGGAGCGCAUGUGGCUGGAGAGAGCGGAUUAUGGACACUUCUUCUAUCGGAUCCCCAACGGCGAGUCUGCUGCUGAUGCCUAUGAUCGGAUAAGCGGGUUCAACGAGUCGCUGUGGCGACAAUUCGGGGAGAGCGAUUCUGCCAGUGUUUGUGUGUUGGUCACUCACGGUCUCAUGACCAGAGUGUUUCUCAUGAAAUGGUAUCACUGGAGCGUUGAGUACUUCGAAGACCUCCGGAACAUCAACCACUGCGAAUUCGUGAUUAUGAAACUCAAUGAGGAUAAUGGGAAGUAUGUGCUGCAAAACCAGUUGCGCACAUGGUCAGAAUUGAGGAAGGAGAAAGAACUAGAAAAGCAGCGAGACCGGGUCACGAAGGAAAUCGCACCGGCGCUCUCAGCACCAUCUGAGUCGGUCGUCCCGAUCCGCCGCAGAUGGGGCGGUUGCCCUGACGGGUGUAACCAUGGUAUCCGUAGGAAAGGCUCUACACGGUCAACCCGAACGAAUGGGACAGAUCUUGCUCGAAAUACUCUGGAAAUGCAACACAAGAAGCUGCAUGAUGCCGUCUAUGCUCAUAACCAAUCAACACAAUAUAGCGGCCAAGGAUCCUCGCCCACAGCCAUAGAACUGACAACUCGGGCUGAGGGACAAAUUUUAACAGCACCCGAACCAGAACUUGGAGACAGUUCCAGGGAAGCUAGGCUCACCACCAGUGCUAAUCCUAUUCCCGCUCCACAGUAUGGUCUCCUUGACCUUAAAGAUAUCACCAACGCCCAAUCCACUCGAUCUGACUUGUCUAAGGAGGCCAACAGCAAUAGCAAAGAGAGCAGUUUUAAUAAUGUCCCCGCUCCCAGCCCAAUCCCUACACGUCCAGACUUGUCCAGGUUUCACCGCGACAGCGAGGACCAUUUACUCCAUCCCCCGCGGUCAAAUUACGCCCUCCUUCACCUCAGCGGGCGAGACGGAGGCGGCACAUUAAGCGGAGCUAACAGUGUUGUACCUUCGGAAGACGAGCGUGAGGACAAACUCCCUAGAUCCACCACCCACCUAGCCUCUCACAAACCAAAGCCUUCGCAUGACCUCGAUAACGACGGCGACGACGAGGGAAGUGGCACACAGACACAACGCCCCCGGCGUACACGCUCGCACCACAACCACCGUCACAACCACCUCCCCAACCCAGCAAGACGACACCUAACCAAGAAAGUUACCAACGGCUUCCCAGAUAAUGACCGAGACCUAGACAGUGACCAUCCAGUCUCAUCCAUUGACCAAGACCCAGAAUACAAUUGCGAUCACGAGCACGAGUACACCGGUGACCACGACGAUCAAUACGCCUCUCUCGAGGCCGAAAGACGAGAAGACCAAAGUAUUAGAGGAAGCGUCUACUAAACAGAGAUCGUUUUGUCCGGCGAAUUGCAACUUUGCUACAUACGUACAUACAUCGUUCGACCCCAACAUAGCCUGCCUAAUACCUAACAUCUAUCACGACAUGAAAAUCCGACGAUCAGACCUUUCUACGUCAGAAUAGCGAGAACGGCCUAUUCCUCGCUCAUUUUUUUUCUCCAUUCGUUUUAAUGGCAUUGAUACCCGACGUUAUUCUCGAAAAUCUUCUCUACGCCUGCCUGCC